CAUACACUUUAUAAAACAAUAGUAAGCGCAUUAUUCCAUGAAAUAAAUGUCCUCUUCACGCACGUCAUCCAAAUUUUAUUUGCAAGAAAAUAUGCCCAGGGUGACCCCCAGACUGUGGAUUGAACAUGGCAUACGGCCGUACAAGACAUACAGAAAACAGAACAAUAAAGAUAGCAGCCUUUACUGAGCUUCCGUUUCGUUGAUUCCUGUGUCCCAGUCUGUUAAUGGGCUGCCAACAGUUUCAGGUCAGGUUGCUAUGGAUACAGGAAGUUUCCGCCCCCAGACGGACUGAGCAGACAGGAGGAAAGCAUUGCAACAUGGGCAUUUUUGUUUGCCGAAACUCCCUGAGAAUGUUAAACGUCAGAUGGCUUUAUCACCGGUGCCUUUCUCUAUAUAACAGCAACCAUGGCUUUAAUGAGGCAAAAAUUAAGGAGAAACUUGCACAGUUCACUGGGGGAUCAGUAGAUCUAUCUAAAAUGGAUAAUGGAAUUGCAGAGAUCUGCAUUAAUAACCCUUCACGAAUGAAUGCAUUCACAGGAACAAUGAUGAUUGAGCUCGAAGAACGGAUUAGCGAUCUUGAAAACUGGAAGAAUGGGAAAGGGCUCAUUGUUUAUGGUGCUGAAAAUACCUUCUGUUCUGGCUCUGAUCUGAAUGCAGUUAAAGCAAUCUCCAAUCCACAGGAGGGAAUGAUGAUGUGCAUGUUAAUGCAGAAUACACUGACAAGACUUCAGAGAUUACCUCUUAUUAGCGUAGCAUUAAUUCAGGGAAAAGCACUUGGUGGGGGUGCUGAACUUUGUACAGCUUGCGAUUUCAGGUUAAUGACAGAAGGAAGCGAGAUUAGAUUUGUCCAUAAGCAGAUGGGUCUUGUUCCAGGCUGGGGUGGUGCAGCAAGAUUAAUUCAUCUUAUUGGAAGUAGACAUGCUCUAAAACUUCUGAGUGGUGCACUCAGAGUACACCCUGAAAAUGCCCUAGAGCUGGGACUAGCUGACAAUAUUUUAUUAGGUACUGAAGAUGGAUUUUUGUCAGAAGCAGAGAAUUGGAUAAUGCCGUACAUCAAGGGGCCAUCAGAUGUGAGCAGAGCAGUGAAAAAAGUAAUCAUUUCAGGAAGAGAACAGAAGCUUGAAGAUGCCUUAAGGACCGAGAAAGAAAUAUUUGGAACUGUUUGGGGCGGACUUGCCAAUUUACAGGCUUUGGCAAAAGGAACAAAACACAAAUAAUGAUGCUUACAAACUCUUCUCUCUGAUUCUAAUAAUGCCCAGCAAGGUUAAAUUUAUACAAUGACUUAUAAAUAAUAGUUCUCUACAAGUUGUUUGAACUUAAACAUCCAAAUAAAACUGAAUUGUGCUUGCAUUUUAUUGGAA